AUGUUCCACCGCGUCAACUCCCGGGCACCGCCACCGGGGGGCGGCAAACUCACCCUGAACUCCCGGGCACCGCCACCGGGGGGCGGCAAACUCACCCUGCACUCCCGGACACUGCCACCGGGGGGCGGCAAACUCACCCUGCACUCCCGGACACUGCCACCGGGGGGCGGCAAACUCACCCUGAACUCCCGGGCACCGCCACCGGGGGGCGGCAAACUCACCCUGCACUCCCGGGCACUGCCACCGGGGGGCGGCAAACUCACCCUGAACUCCCGGGCACCGCCACCGGGGGGCGGCAAACUCACCCUGCACUCCCGGGCACUGCCACCGGGGGGCGGCAAACUCACCCUGCACUCCCGGACACUGCCACCGGGGGGCGGCAAACUCACCCUGAACUCCCGGGCACCGCCACCGGGGGGCGGCAAACUCACCCUGCACUCCCGGGCACUGCCACCGGGGGGCGGCAAACUCACCCUGCACUCCCGGGCACCGCCACCGGGGGGCGGCAAACUCACCCUGCACUCCCGCACACUGCCACCGGGGGGCGGCAAACUCACCCUGCCCUCCCGGGCACCGCCACCGGGGGGCGGCAAACUCACCCUGCACUCCCGGGCACUGCCACCGGGGGGCGGCAAACUCACCCUGCACUCCCGGGCACCGCCACCGGGGGGCGGCAAACUCACCCUGAAAUACCGAUCACCGCCACCGGGGGGCGGCAAACUCACCCUGCACUCCCGGGCACGGUCACCGGGGGGCGGCAAACUCACCCUGAAAUACCGGACACCGCCACCGGGGGGCGGGGGCGGCAAACUCACCCUGCCCUCCCGGGCACCGCCACCGGGGGGCGGCAAACUCACCCUGAAAUACUGGACACCGCCACCGGGGGACGGCAAACUCACCCUGCCCUCCCGGGCACCGCCACCGGGGGGCGGCAAACUCACCCUGCACUCCCGGGCACCGCCACCGGGGGGCGGCAAACUCACCCUGAACUUCCGGGCACCGCCACCGGGGGGCGGCAAACUCACCCUGAAAUACCGGACACCGCCACCGGGGGACGGCAAACUCACUCUGCCCUCCCGGGCACCGCCACCGGGGGGCGGCAAACUCACCCUGCACUCCCGGGCACCGCCACCGGGGGGCGGCAAAUUCACCCUGCACUCCCGGACACCGCCACCGGGGGGCGGCAAACUCACCCUGCACUCCCGGGCACCGCCACCGGGGGGCGGCAAACUCUCCCUGCACUCCCGGACACCGCCACCGGGGGCAGCAAACUCAGCCUGA